AUGGAAUCAAUCGUCAGGGCCAUCCUGACGCUGGUCCCCCGUGAUGGAAACCCGCCACCAGAAACGAGCGACGAUCCGGGGAAGCAGUUGCUGUCGCUCUUGUCAAAUCCCUUUGGUGGUCAGCUCCAAAUCGGUUCCAUCUGGGCCUCGAUCGGCACGUCCUUCGGUAUCACAGCCGGCAUUGCGCUGCUCUUCUCCCUCGUCCGACCCUACAACACGAUCGUAUACGCCCCGAAGCUCAAGCAUGCUGACGAGUUGCACGCGCCGCCCGCCCUGGGCAAGGGCAUGUUCGCCUGGAUCGGCCCCCUGUGGAAGACGAAUGAAAAGGACAUCGUGCGCCUCGUCGGCAUGGACGCCGCCAUUUUUCUCCGUUUCACAAAGAUGUAUCGCAACAUGUUCGUCAUCAUGGCCAUCCUCGGCUGCGCCGUCCUCAUCCCCGUCAACUACACCAAGGCCUUCCGCUACGGCGACCCGGUCUGGCUGCUCCUCCUCACGCCCAUGAACGUCCUGGGCCAGCCGAACUGGGUCCAGGUCGUGCUCAUCUGGCUCUACACCAUCAUCGUUGCCGGCUUCCUGUGGUGGAACUACCGCAAGUUGUUCGAUAUCCCCAAGAAGCUGUCUUCCGACGAGGGCAUUGCUAGGAUCAUCGACGAGGUCGCUCCCAAUUCCUCGUUCUCGAGAACCGCGGUCGCUCGAAAUGUCAAGAUCCUGCCCGAACUCAUCAGCGAACACGAGAAGGCGGUCCGCAAGCUCGAAAAGGUCCUCGCCAAGUACCUCAAAGAUCCCCAUAAUCUGCCCGCCUCCCGUCCGGUCUGCGCGCCUUCCAAGAAGGAUCGCUCAUACGGGACCUACCCCAAGGGCCAAAAGGUCGAUGCCAUCGAUUACCUCACGCAGCGCAUCAAGGAGCUCGAGAUCGAGAUCAAGGAGGUGCGCGCCAGUGUGGACAAGCGGAACACCAUGCCCUAUGGGUUCGCGUCCUACUCUGAUAUCAGCGAAGCACAUGCCAUCGCGUACGCGGCGAGGAAGAAGAAGCCGCACAAUGCCACCAUCCGCCUGGCGCCGCGGCCCAACGACAUCAUCUGGGACAACAUGCCUCUGAGCGCCCCGACACGGAGCCGCAGGAGGUUCAUCAACAACACGUGGAUCGCGCUGCUGACGGUCCUCUGGGUGGCGCCCAACGCCAUGAUUGCCAUCUUCCUCGUCAACUUGAGCAAUCUGGGACUGCUGUGGCCGGCGUUCCAGAGGUCGCUGGCCGGCAACACCAGCUUCUGGCAGAUUGUGCAGGGUGUCUUGUCUCCGGCCAUCACUUCGACCAUCUAUCUCGUGCUCCCCAUCAUCUUCCGCCGCCUCUCCAUCCAGGCAGGUGACCAGACCAAGACUGGCCGCGAGAGACACGUCAUGGCCAAGCUCUACUCCUUCUUCGUCUUCAACAACCUGGUGGUGUUUUCGCUCUUCAACUCCGUCUUCACCUUUGUGUCCAACGUGGUCAAGUCGACCGAGGGCGGCACCGAUGCUUGGCAGGCCAUGCUUAAGGCGCAGCCCGGCAAGCUUCUGAUCGGCUCGCUGUGCACCAUGUCGCCCUUCUGGAUCACCUGGCUCAUGCAGCGACAGAUGGGUGUGGCUAUCGACCUCGCCCAGCUCUGGCCGCUUUUCUGGGGCUUCCUGAUGCGCAAGUUCUCCAGUCCCACCCCGCGCGAGCUGAUCGAGUUGACCGCGCCCCCUCCCUUCGACUACGCCAGCUACUACAACUAUUUUGUAUACUAUGCCACGGUCGCCCUGUGCUACUCCGGCGUGCAGCCGCUUGUGCUCCCCGCCGUGGCCAUCUACUUUGCCAUCGACGUCGUCCUCCGCAAGUACAUGUUGCUCUACGUCUUUGUCACCAAGACCGAGUCCGGCGGCAUGUUCUGGCGUGUGCUCUUCAACCGGAUGAUUUUCGCGUCCAUGCUCGCUCACGUGGUCGUCUUCCUCAUCGUGUUUGUGCAGGGCACGGAGGACCAUCUCCAGGCGUACUGCGUGGCUCCUCUGCCGUUCUUGAUGGUUGGGUUCAAGCUGUACUGCUCCAAGGCGUUCGACGACAAGAUCCACUACUAUGCCACCCAGAACCUCCACCAGCCGCAUGCCGAGGGCAAGGAGCAGAGCCUGCGCAGCGACCGCCUCGCCGCGCGCUUCGGACACCCCGCCCUGUACAAGCCGCUCACGACCCCCAUGGUGCACGCCAAGGCGCAGAACAUCCUGGCGUCUGUCUACUCGGGGCGCCUGACGCACGGGCGCGAGGCCGGCUCGGGCGACACCAUGUCGGUCUCGGGCUACUCGGACACGUACGUGCUGGACCCGAUGAACGCCGGCAAGCCCGGCAAGCGGGUGGCGCCGUCGGGCGCGUCGAUGCCCGGCUUCGAGGUCGUGCCCGAGUCCAGGCUCGACUUUGAGUACUACAAGAACCGCGACGAGUUUGGCGAGGACCACGGCGGCGGCGACAUCUUUGGCACGCCGCGGGACCUGAUCCGGCCCGGCACGCCCGGCAGCCUCUUUGGCGGCGCCGGCAGCGACUCGCGGCCCGGCACGCCCGUCGGCGGCAUGACGGGCCGCAGGCAGUACUCGGUGCAGAUGCUCAACUCGGCGGGCGGCACGACGUACAACCCCGGCUACCACAACCCGAGCAGCCCGAGCCCGCCGCCCGGCGUCGGCGUCGGCGGCGGGUUCCCGGCGCACUCGCCCUACUCGCACGAGGGGGGGGCCACGCCGCGGGCCGGCUCGCCGAGCUACGGCCUCGGGGACGUGCCGACGCGCACGCGCAGCCCCUUUUACGGCGUGGCGGGCGGCAACGAGAGCGGCAGCAACCUGGUGCACAACGCGGCGGGGAUGCCCAUGUCGCCGGCGGCGCAGCCGACGAUCCCGGCGCUGGCGUCGCCGCGGUCGCGCGAGGCGAGCCUCGACCGGGGCGUGGGCGUGGGCGGUAGCGGCGGCGGCAACCCGCGCGCGCCAGGCAUGCUGGGCGGCGGGCCGUACGGGUACGGCAACUUGCCCCAGGAGGAGGAGGACCCGGACCCGAUGUCGUACGACUACUUCCGCGGGGCGAGGCCUAGUCGACGGAGGGAUACGAGUGAGCAGCAUCGGUGGGGGGGUUGA